AUGCGGAUUAUAGUAGAGCCUUUGGAGAGAGCUAGUAUUAAAGGAAUUAAUGUCAUUGGGGGAGAUGGUGCUAUAAGGAGAGUCUAUCCUAUCUUGGCUUGCUACGUUGCAGAUUAUCCAGAACAAUGUCUUGUGACAUGUACAAAGUAUGGCACAUGUCCCAAAUGCAAAAGACCUGCUUCUGAGCUCUCAGAAUCUACUGCUGGGGAGCCACAUACACAGACCUGGACUGAGGAAGUUAUUCAUGAUGCUAAACUCAAUGUAAACUCCUUCAACCAAUUUCAGCGGAGGUGCAAGGAAAAAGAGGUCUCUGGUGGUGUUUACAAGCCAUUUUGGCUUAACUUCCCUCAUUGUGACAUUCAUUUAUCCGUUUCCCCCAAUAUUCUCCAUCAACUAUACCAAGGAGGCUUUAAGCAUAUGGUGAACUGGUGCAAGGAGCUUAACCAGCACAUUGCCUCCCUUCCUGCUUGUUAUAGUAUUUAUCUUUUCAAAAAUGGAAUUUCUGCAUUAGACCAGAUUGGAGGAAAAGAGAGAAAGGAUAUGGGCCGUUUAUUGCUAGGAUGUUUGAUUGGAAAAAUACCCAGAAGCGCUGUACUUGCAUACUGA